UUUGUCCUGAACAGUCAACCACAAAUCGGGAUUCUUCACUAGCAGAGCAGAUAUAAAAACUUUAACCCAUAUGCCCUACUACGCUCCACGACCAGCAUUCCGUAACGGACUGAGAUCGGCCACAUCGCUGUUGCCUUGGAAUACACCAGCAAAAGUACACUUCAAUAGCCUUCGAAUUAGCUUCUACUCUUCAGCCCUAAUGCCUUAUUCAUCCGAAAAGAAUUAUCCAUCCUUUGUCUCCCGACCUUUCACCUUUUCACAUCGCCUUUCUUCCGACUGCUCAACACAAGUCGGUGGUGGCGGAGAUAGUGUUGGGAUGUCUCGCCUACCCUCUCCUCUAUUUGCCCCCAUACCACUGCGGCAUUUCCGAAGCAAGGGUCUCAGGAAUUUUCUUCCUCGCAAAAGGUUGUUUAGCAGUACUCCGACUACAGCAUCCCUCUUACCUCCCUCACCUGCAGCCUCUGACGCUGAGAUGAUGUCGGAUUCUGAAGAAUCCGAAGCUGUUCGUCAAGGCAAACGGAUUUCCAAAGAAUUGAUGACAACUUCAUCAGCUGGUGGGGGAAGAUACGUAAGGAUAGUGGACGUAAGUCCGAGGGAUGGGUUACAGAAUUUAAAAGGCAAACCGGUACCAACAGAAGUAAAGAGGGAGCUUGUGGAGCGUUUGUUGGAAGCAGGGGUGAGAAAUAUUGAGGUAGGGAGUUUUGUUAGGAGUGACUGGGUACCGCAGAUGGCCGAUACACCUCAACUGUUGCCACUUCUUCCACCGUUCACAGGCAAAACACUAUCCCCACCAUCUCCAGUUUCACGGUCAGAAUCCCCCUUCUCUGGUCGACCUUCAUCUCCUUCUAUUGGACCGUUGAUUGGUGAACAUCUACCACCCCAUGCCGAAGACGUCCAUUACCCAGUUUUAGUACCCAAUAUGAGAGGGCUUGACAAUCUCAUCAAGCUACAAGAAGAGUGGAGCAGCAAAGGUUUACCUGCAUUAACAGAUGAAAUUGCCGUUUUUGUAUCGGCUACCGAGGCUUUUUCGCAAGCCAAUAACCAUGCACCAAUCUCAAAAGUCCUCGACUCCCUUCCUUCGGUGAUUAACAAGGCUAAAUCCCACCGAUUUAGGGUAAGAGGGUAUGUAUCUUGCGUGAUCACAUGUCCGUACUCUGGACCUACAGACCCCAAUCAAGCGGUGGACGUAGCUGAGAGAUUGUUGCAAAUGGGAUGCUACGAGGUUAGUAUGGGGGAUACGACUGGUGAAGGGGAUCCGGAUAGUUGGAAGAUUCUGUGGGAUCGGAUGAAGGAUAGAGGGUUGGAUAUGGACAAGAUUGCUGCACAUUGCCACGACACAUUUUCACUCGCCCUUUCUUCCAUACUGUCUCUCGUCCCAUACGGUCUCAAAACAAUCGAUUCCUCAUUAGCAGGUUUAGGUGGAUGUCCUUAUUCUCCAGGAGCGACAGGAAACGUUCCGACAGAGGAUGUAGUCUACGCGCUGCACAAGAUGGGAUAUGAGACGAGUAUAGAUCUUGACAGACUUGUUGAAAGUGGGAAUUGGUUGGCAAAAACGUUGGGAGUAAGGAAUGAAAGUCGAGUAGGGAGAGCAAUCUGGGCGAGACGUCAGAGGAGGGAGGAGAUUGAGGGGAAAGGAGCUGAGACGGAAGAUGGGAUGUGAUAAUGUAUAGUUAUCCUUUAACUAUUAUUGUAUUUACAGAUGUAGAAUAACUUUGGCUACCUCAAGGC